AUGUCGGACUUGGUGUCGCACUUCCCCUCUUCUGAGGGGCUUCACCAUCUCACGCCUAAUCGGAAGCAAAACGGAUUUGGCACAUUUGUGCGUCGUCUCGGUGGGGAAGUGCCGGCGGACUCGCCGGAAGUCGCGGCUGCGCGUAAGGUCGUGGCGAAGGUCGGUGUUUCCCCCCGCCGCCGCACUAGGGGUCCCGGCUCAGUGCACCAACCGACCGUGCGCGAGUUUCGUACUCCUGCGGGCACGCGCCGCAUUGUAUCGGAAGGUGUGUACGAGCACAGACCCAACCGCAAGUUUGCCAACAUUGCGCCUGAAACGCUGCUGGGUCCUGUGCCGCAUGCGCCUUCGUCGGUCUUUGCGAAUGGCAACCCGGCUGAUUUGUACACGGAUACGUCUGAGAAGAUGGCUCAAGACUUUAUGCAGCAGAAGAGCCAGAGCCGUGCUCGUACUGAGGCUGCUCGCGCCGAGGCGCUGCGCAUUCGUGACAUGCGUGCACGCCGUCAGCGUCUGAAUGAGGAGGCAAUUGCCGCACGCGAGGAGAGGAAGCGUGCUGAAGAAGAAGCGGAGCUGGAGGCUGAAGAGCUCGCAGCUCGUCAGCGCGAGCUGCAGCACAGUUUGUCGAAGCGGACCAGUGCUCCGCCCCGCGCUCAGCGUGACCGCUCGGCUUUUAUCGAAGAGGAUCAGCCACCGCCUGUGCCGGAGAAGGACCGCCAAAUUCACGCGGAGCAGACUUCACGCUCUUAUCUGAAGCCGGAGAUGCAUCCGGCCUCUGAGGUGCGUCCGACUUCUGUGGUUCGUUCGACUCCGGCCGUGCGCUCGACUCCAGCGGUGCUGAACCGUCCCGAUAUGUCGUACCUACGCUCCUACAAGUCCCCAUCGUCGAGCUGGAUGGCUGAGCUGGGUCAGAUGAAGCCUACCACUGUGGCUGCGAUGGAAAAGCCAGACAAGCCAGAGAAGAGCAUGGCUGAGAAGGAGUCGCUCACGCCGGCGCAGUUUGCCGAGAUUACGAUGGCGUCGUUUGCCAACGUUAGCACAGGCUCGACGCUGCCCGACUACCUGUCAAAGCCUUCAUCGCUGCUGGACGAUACCAAGGAAAAGACUCCUGAAUCGGACAGUAAGGAGGUCGAGAAGGUGGAUGAGAAGGCGGAUGAGAAGGUGGAUGAGAAGCCGCAUGACCUGGCCGAAACUGAUGCUAUCGCCAAGGCAGAGGCCAAGGUGAAGGAGGCAGACAAGAGGGAGUUGGAGGCCAAGGAGGCUACCACGGCCGAGGCGCGGGCUGAGGCGGAGGUAAAGCAGGCCCAGAAGGACAAGGCUGACCUUGCCACGAAGGAGGUGGAGUUGGCCCGUGAGGAGGCCGUCAGGGCUAGGCUCGAGGCGCAGAAGGCCCGCAGGGAGGCCGAAGAGGCGCUGAAGGAGGCUGAGCAGAUCCGCAAGGAGGCUGAGGAGACUCGCAAGUUCUUUGAAGAGGCUCGCAAGGCUGAGGAGGUGCAUCUGGCUGAGCUGCGCAAGGCCGAGGUGGCUCGUCUGGCGGAGGCUCGUAAGGUCGAAGAGGAACGUAUGGCCGGAGCUCGCAAGGCUGAGGAGGAGCGUAUGGCUAAGGCCCGCAAGGUCGAGGAGGAGCGCCUGGCUCAGCUUCGCAAGUCUGAGGAGACACGCUUGGCCGAGGCUCGCAAAAUUGAGACGCCUCGGGUGGCGCCUGUGUCCCUGGCAAAUGACAAGCCUAUGCCUACAGCGACCGACGAUAAGCCAUCAGCCUGGUCAGUUAAACCGGUGAAGGAGACGAGCGAGCGCCCCAAUGUGUCGAGCGGUUUGCCGCCGUACCUAAAGGAGUCGGUCGCGGCGCUACUCAGGAAGGGCUCUCAGGGUGGCCAGUCGGCGCCGCAGCCUCGUCCCAAUUCGCAGCCCAAGCCAACCGUUCCUGCUCCUUCGCCCCAGCCCCGUGCCAAUUUGCAGCCCAAUACACCUGUUUCUAUGCCUUCGACUCAGGCGCCGAAGCCUGCCCCCGUUCCUGCUGUGCGUGAUGUGCCUACGACUGUGUCUAGCCAGAGCGCCCCGUCUACGACUCCGACACCCGUGACUCAGGGCGUAGCGGAGGUUAGCAAUACGCCGAACAAAACAAAUGGCCUGCCCCAGUACCUGAAGAAGAGUAUCUCGAGCAUGGUGCGCCGCCGCCAAGCGUCUGGUACCAAGGGUCCGGAAACGGAUGUGAAGGAAGCCCUCGAUGAGCCGCAGACCAAGGCGCCCGUGAAAGAGACGCCAUCGACGCAACCUGCUACGCCAAGGAUUGAGCUUCCCAAGGGCGAGGCGUCGACACCGACUCCUGGCUUGGCCUCGACCUCGCCUGCCGCCUCCGCUCCUGUGACGAAGUCGCCCGUGGUAACGGCGCCUGCUCGUCCGGAAUCCUCGACGGCCAAGUCCCUCCCUGCUAGCGAGCCUAGCAAGGGUGAGUUGUCGCAGCGCUAUGGCUUGUACAUUGUGGGUGAUGCUCCUGGUAAACCUAAGCUGGCUCAGGCAAGUGGCCAGGCUGAGAAUGAGUUACAGGAGCCAUCAGCUCCUAGUGCCCCCGUCUUGGACGACGAAUUUUCGUCCAAGCCGAUACAGCCAGCGCCUCGUGAUGCUGCACCGUCGGAAACGGGCGUCCGUGCUGCGCCCGCCAUCCAGGGCAGCAACUUGUACUCGUCGCUCAAGCAAAGUGAGGACCAGGCUGCGUCGCAGACGCGCUCGGACAAGGGCGAUGUUCCGGCGCCGAAGGUGAGCGACGAACCACAGGCGGCCCCUGCUGUGAAAGAGUCGAAGUCUGUUGCGGCUGAGGAGACCAAGAAGGCUGAAGAAGCCAAGAAGGCUGAGGAGGCCAAGAAGGCUGAGGAGGCCAAGAAGGCUGAGGAAGCCAAGAAGACUGAGGAAGCCAAGAAGGCUGAGGAAGCCAAGAAGGCUGACGAGGCCAAGAAGGCUGAGGAGGCUAAGGCUGAGGAAGCCAAGAAGGCCGAGGAAGCCAAGAAGGCCGAGGAAGCCAAGAAGGCUGAGGAGGCCAAGGCUGAGGAGGCCAAGAAGGCCGAGGAGGCUAAGAAGGCCGAGGAGGCCAAGAAGGCCGAGGAAGCCAAGAAGGCCGAGGAAGCCAAGAAGGCCGAGGAGGCUAAGAAGGCUGAGGACGCCAAGACCCAAGAGACCAAGUCUUCGAAGAAGAACAAGAAAGGCAAGCGCAAGUAA